AUGUUACUUUCAGAAAGAAACAAAAGUGGGACCACGUUUACCCUCUUGGGCUUCUCAGAUUACCCAGAACUACAAUUCCCACUCUUCUUGAUUUUUCUGGCCAUCUACAGUAUCACUGUGGUAGGAAAUAUUAGGAUGAUUGUAAUAAUAAAAAUUAACCCCAAACUGCACACCCCCAUGUACUUUUUCCUCAGCCACCUUUCUUUUGUGGAUUUCUGCUAUUCCUCCACUGUUGCUCCCAAGAUGCUGGUGAACCUAGUCAUCAAAGACAGAAUCAUUUCAUUUUUAGGUUGUUUAGCACAAUUCCUUUUCUUCUGUACCUUUGUAGUCACUGAAUCAUUUUUAUUACCUGUGAUGGCCUACGAUUGCUUUGUGGCCAUUUGCAACCCUCUGCUAUACACGAUUGCCAUGUCCCAGAAACUCUCUGCCCUGCUGGUAAUGGGAUCUUAUGCAUGAGGAGUAGCAUGUUCCUUAUUACUGACAUACUCUGCAUUUAAGCUAUCAUUUCAUGGAUUCAACAAUCACUUCUUCUGUGAGUUCUCUUCACUGCUCUCCCUCUCUUGUUCUAACACUUACAUCAAUCAGUUGGUUCUUUUCAUUUUUGCCACAUUUAAUGCAAUCAGCACACUACUUAUCAUUCUCAUGUCUUAUGCAUUUAUCACUGUUACAAUCCUCAAGAUGCAUUCAACCUGUGGACGCAGCAAAGUCUUCUCUACCUGUGCUUCUCACCUGACUGCCAUCACCAUCUUCCAUGGCACUAUCCUCUUCCUUUACUGUGUGCCAAACUCCAGAAACUCGAGGCUCACAGUGAAAAUGGCCUCUGUGUUUUACACAGUGGUGAUCCCCAUGUUGAAUCCCCUCAUCUACAGUCUGAGAAAUAAGGAUGUCAAGAAUACAGUCAGCAAGAUAAUGGACACAAAAAUCUGUUCCUGUCGAGCAUGUUAUUUUAGUAAAAUUUAUCUCUGGCAUAUAAAUAAAAUGUCUUCAUCAAUGUUGGUUUUAAAGACAUUAAAAAUUAGUAGAGUUAAUGCACAAUGA